AUGAAUGGCACCCUGACGAAACGCCCGCUCGAAGGCGACCACGCCGACGAGCCGGAGCUGGUGGCGCUGGUGGAGGUGAAUGCUAUCGUCGCCGAGCCCGAGGAGAAGCGGAUAAAGCUCGAGGACGACGACGUGGUGGGGCUGGACUCGGCCGCCGACGACAAUACCGCCAUCGUCCCCGUGCGAGAUCCCGACCUCUUCUACACCCCGCUCCGUACAGGGUUGGUCUACGACGUGAGGAUGCGGUACCACGCCAAGAUCUUCACCCUGUACUUCGAGUACAUCGACCCCCAUCCCGAAGACCCGCGGCGGAUCUACCGUAUCUACAAACGACUUGCUGAGGCGGGGCUCAUCACCGACCCCAAGCUUGCCGGUAUCGACGAUAUUGGUCCGUUAAUGGUGAAAAUCCCCGUCAGAGAGGCUCUCGCCGACGAAAUUCUCCAGGUGCACCUGGAAGACCACCUCAAAUAUAUCGCGCUGACGGAGCUGAUGACCCGCGACCAGUUGCUCGAAGAGACCGAACGAGGCGACUCAAUCUACGUCAACAACGAUAGUUACAUCCUGGCUAAGCUCUCGUGCGGAGGUACCAUCGAAGCGUGUAAAGCAGUGAUCGAAGGCCGCGUGAAAAACCUGUUAGCCAUCGUGCGUCCUCCAGGUCACCACGCCGAACCAGAAACUCCCGGUGGGUUUUGUUUAUUCUCGAAUGUGGCGGUAGCAGCCAAGAACAUGCUCUCGCGAUUCCCAGAGCUGGUGCGCCGGAUUGUUAUCGUUGACUGGGAUAUUCACCAUGGUAACGGCACGCAAAAGCUGUUUUGGGACGACCCCAGAGUUUUAUACAUCAGUCUUCACCGUUACGAGAACGGUAAGUUCUAUCCUGGUACCAAAUACGGUGGAGCGGAUAUGGUGGGCGAGGGUGCCGGUGAAGGUUAUUCAUUAAAUAUCCCUUGGAACCAAGCUGGGAUGACCGAUGCCGACUACGUUUAUGCGUUUAAUCGGGUCAUUGUCCCUGUAAUUGGUGAAUUUGACCCUGAUUUGAUCAUUGUCCUGCUGGGGUUCGACGCUGCUGAUGGUGAUAUCAUCGGUGGCUGUCACGUCACCCCCACCGGCUACGGAGCCAUGACUCAUAUGCUUAAAGGUUUAGCUCGCGGAAAGAUUGCCGUGAUUCUCGAAGGUGGUUACAACUUAGAAUCGAUUGCUAAGCUGGCGCUCGGAGUCGCUAAAGUACUCGUGGGUGAACCCCCUGAUAACACUAUCAGCACCCAACCGAGUGCCGACGCGGUGGAAGUUGUCGACAUGGUGAUGAAGAUCCAGCUGAAAUACUGGAAGUGCUUGCGUCACGGUAUUCCUGACCAUUCGUUUGACGAUGUGUUUGAUGUUGGUGUCGAGAACGCCGGUGAAACUAAUGUUAACCAAACCGCACCUCCCUUGAAUGUUGCUGACUCGGUGCGUCGCAGUCAGCACUUCGAUCUCAGUCAACGCUAUGGGUUUGUCUCGGUACCGAUUGUGGCUAACUUGGCGGUGGACGAAAUUGGCAAGGGUUUCUUCACUUGCGAUUUGCCCACCAACUUGGAUGAGGUAGUGCUCGCUACCAAGAACGUCUACGAUAGCGAAAUUUUGGUGGUCAACAUUCACGACCCUCCUGAAGUGUGGGCCAAUAUCAAUCCGGUCAACGGUACCAUUGAGCCUAACCUGCUGGUGGUGUUGCUGUACCCUAUGACGACGCUUAUAGAUCGGGUCAACAAAGAAGUUGAACCAUCAUUAGCCCUGACGGUGGGCUAUAUCGAUAUUGACAUUCCGCUGUUCCCGGUGACGCUCCCUGGUCCCCUGGGGGCUCUGACACAAGCCAGCAUGCUGACAUAUAACCCGCAAGUAUUUGCACUGGAUCUCCUAGUGUAUUUGUGGGACAACUUCUUCGCUUACUUCGGCCUGUUGAAGAAAUUGGUGUUUGUCGGCUACGGUGAUUGUUAUCAGCUGAUUGUCCAUUUGUACGGCAAGCGGCCGCUGCUGGAGAUCAAGGACUUGGUCCGUGCCACGGUGGCGUUUGUCAACCGCACCCCGCUUAAGCUGUUGGUGCCAGUAAUGGAUGAGCUGUUAACCGAAUGGUUCUAUCAAAACAGUGUGAUUUUUACGCUGAGUCAGAACCCGUGCUGGCAACUGACUAAAGACACUGAAGAAAAACGGCCCCGGCGCCGGUUUGGUCGGGUGCUUAAGCUGAAAAGUGACGGUCUCUUCGACGUGGUCACGGAAAAGUUCGACGAAGGGUGUGACUUUUUGUUAGACGCCAUAGAAGAGUAG